GGACACGUCUCUUCAGCUGUGUUUCCACCUCAGGUGGACUGAGUCUGUACUGUAUUUAGGGACAAGCCUACACUCUGUGGCAUUGGAGUACCAUAUCAGCUCACACAUCUGGAUACGAUAUGGGGACUAGAAGUACCUGUCUGCUCAUGACACUGUGUCUGGGGAUUGUCAGUGUGUCCUCUGAAGAGUUACUGCAUCGGCAGAAGAGAACCUGGAUUGUAGACUCUUUUAAGAUAGAAGAGGCGAGACCCGGACCUUAUCCUUAUGCACUGGGGAAAAUUCAGGUUGAGAAGGCGUUCCGUGUGGGUUUCCAUCUACAAGGUCAAGGGGUUGAUCUGGACCCCAAAGGAAAACUGUCUAUCAAUACAGACACUGGAGAUAUCCUAGUUCAUGGAGAACUAGACUACGAGCUUUACCAGAAGCUUAAGCUGACAUUUGAGGCCAGAGAUACAUCCAAUAAUGCAUUGGACACCCGACUGGGAGUGGAGGUGGAGAUUCUAGACAUCAAUGACAACCCACCGGUUUUCCAGAGGAACACUUACACCGUCAACCUGAAAGAGUCUACUUCACAAGGAGAUUUCGUGACAGCUGUAGUGGCAACAGAUAAAGAUCACAGCAGGACAAACAACGGCACAUUUGACCUGAAGAUGGUCUCCAUCACCCCUACACCCCCAGACACCCUGGAGUUCUUCCUUGAGCAAAGUGGUUCGACUGGAAUCAUCAAAUUCAAAGGGUGUCUGGAGCACGAGAAAUCAGAGAAAUACACCAUCCUGGUGGAGGCUAAAGAUCGUGGAGAGGUGGUUCAGCUCUCCAGCACCUGUACAAACAUCAUCAAUAUAGAGGACGGAAACAACCAUUUGCCUGUCUUCACUGGGCAAACGGGUGCAGGAAGCAUCAAGGAGAGAGACAGCGGUGAUGUGCCAAUUCUUCGGCUCCAGGUUUCAGACCAAGAUACCAAAGGUACUGAAGCCUGGAAGGCCAAAUACACUAUCCACGGAGACAAGGACCAGAACUUCAGAAUCACCACUGAUCCAGACACAAAUGAAGGAGUCUUGUUUGUUGAAAAGCCUCUGGACUACGAGGAUGGCUCUCAGAGGAACCUGUCAGUCAGUGUAGAGAACGAGGCGCCCUACUUCUCUUGUAAGGUCAAAGGUCGUCCUGCCACGGACCUGUGGGAUGUGGUCACCACAGGUGGGGCAUCUUUGACGGGCCUCAAACCGCCCCUGCUGCCCACCCGCCAGGUGACGGUCACGGUGGAGGACGUCAACGACCCGCCCAUCUUCCCCUACGCCAUCAAAAACGUGACGGUGGAGGAGAAUGUGGAGGUGGGCUGGUACCUGGAGACGUUCACUGCCAUCGAUCUGGACAGGAGCCAUGCCAACACCUUCAAGUACGUGAAAGGAAAGGACCCUUGUGACUGUGUGGCAGUAGACGCAAUGACUGGCAAAAUAACCACAACUAAGAUCUUAGACCGAGAGUCACCUUAUGUGAAGGACAAUGUCUAUCAAGUGACAGUGUUUGCUAUUGAUGAUGGCCAGCCUCCCAUGACCGGAACUGGAACGCUCAACAUCCACCUAAAGGACCAGAAUGACAACCUUCCGGAGCUUGAGAUGGCCACCAUGGACAUGUGUCUUUCAGAUGAGCACAGCGAGGUCAACAUCACAGCCUACGACCUGGAUGGAGAACCCUACAGCGGACCAUUCUACUUCCAACUCCAAGGGGACGAUGUCAAGGGCAAGUGGAGGAUUGACCCCGACAGCGGCUACACAGUGAAACUGGUGAAGGAGAACACAGUGUACGCAGGUCACCACGAGCUGCUGCUGAAGGUGUUUGACUUGCAGGGUCAGGGUGCCCUCCACAACCUGUCCGUCACCGUGUGUGACUGCUCCAGGGUGGCCAGCUGCCGCAUGCGCAGGGUCACUGGAUCCAAGAUUGGAGAGAGUGCUGUAGGGAUUGUCCUCGCUGCCAUGUUGCUACUACUAGGUGUUCUACUGUUGGCCCUCCUGAUGACCUGUAAGAGAGAUCUGAAGCUGAUCCCUGUAGAUGAAAUCUCUGGAGAACAUCUGCUCAAAUCUAACAUUGAGAUCCCAGGAACUGAUUGCAAGGUGCCUACGGCUCCCAUACUCCAAGUGGACAGCCAGGUGGAGACAAAAGCUGCUUUUCAACCAAUCAAGAGGAUGUCGGUUGUACAGAAGUCAGCCAGUAUGCGAGCAUCGGUACGUUCAGGAUAUUCCAAGUAUUCCUCCUACUACCAAGAGCAACAAGAGGGACAGUUUCAACGAGGAACCUCCCUGCGCAAGAGUGCGCCCACAAAAUUACGCUCCAAUGGUUAUUAUGAACAGGGGUCAAUGGUGAGCAGAUCAAUGAAGACAAGAACAAGAUACUCCUCAUGGGAAGAAGAUAAUUAUCUCAACAAAUCCGGGAACUUGAUGACCCUACUGAAUCAGAGGAUGUACACCCUGCAAGUUAAAGGAGAGGAGCUGGGGGACUAUGCCCCGCACCCCUACGCUGAAGAGGGGGACCUAGAGACAGACCUCCAGCUGGAUGCUAUCUCCAUCCCUGAGACCCUCUUCGACCAGGACACGCUCCUCUACCUGGGCCCCAGGUUCAACACCCUGGCCUCCUUCUGCAACACCCCAGACCCCAGCGCAUCCUAAGCCCAUCUUGCCCUCACCCUCUGGGGCAAAAGGCUCUGCCAGGACUGGCUAGUUAGCAUUGGCAUAACAGGCUAGGUCACCGGCCGCACUCCUGGAUUAUAAACUGGACUGGAUCACUCAUUCUUCAAAUGAGGUAGAACAGCAAACUUGCUCUUGCAAAAUCUGGAUAAGAACAAGCAGUGUCAUUUUUUUAACAAAAAACAUCAAAUGCACACAGGACUAUGAAGAUCAGUGAUCAACCAAU